AGGAUGUUCGUGAAGCCAGAGAGCCUGGAGCUGAAGGAGGAGGAAGCGGCGCUGCUGCUGGCAGCCCGCCCGUCGCCCGCCUCCUCCGCCGCCGCCUCCCUCACGCCCUUCUCCUCCGGCUCCGAAGGGGAGGACGACGACGACGAAGAGGAGGAGGAGGCGGAGGAAACGUGCCAGCCCCUCUCCCCGGCAGCGGCGGUGGGCCGGGCAGGCGAGGGCUCGGAACUGGGCGUGGGCGAGCAGCUCCCCCUGCGCCACCUGACGCUCAGUCGAGCGGGCUGCAAGCGGCGGGCGGGCCGGGCGCGGAGCGGCUGUCGGGCGGCCAAGACAGCGGAGACGGUGCAGCGGCUGAAGAAGAGCCGGCGCCUGAAGGCCAACAACCGCGAGCGAAACCGCAUGCACAACCUGAACGCGGCGCUGGAUGCCCUGCGCGAGGUGCUGCCCACCUUCCCCGAGGACGCCAAGCUCACCAAGAUCGAGACGCUCCGCUUCGCCCACAACUACAUCUGGGCCCUCACCGAGACCCUCCGCCUGGCCGACCACCCUUGCGGGGCCGCCUUCUCCCAGGCCCUGCUGCUGCACCAGGCCGCCGCCGCCGCCCCAGACACCAGCCCUUCGCCCGCGCCCUCCGCCUCCUCCUGGAGCUGCACCACCAGCCCCGCGCCCUCCGCAGCCUCCUCCGCCUCGGCCGCCUCCUACAGCUGCGCCUUGUCGCCCGCCAGCCCCGCCAGCUCGGCCUCGGAGCUCGACUACUGGCCGCCGCCGCCGCCCCCCGAGCAGCAGCCCCGCUUCGCCCUGGCCAGAGGAGAGCUGAUCUGA